CUGACUCUUUUGUCAGAACAGAGCGGCUGCAGCGCGUUCUCAAAAUGCAGUAUUCCCAUCACUGUGAGCACCUGCUGGAGAGGCUGAACAAGCAGCGAGAGGCCGGAUUCCUCUGCGACUGCACUGUGGUCAUCGGGGAGUUCCAGUUCAAAGCGCACAGGAACGUGCUCGCCUCCUUCAGCGAGUACUUCGGGGCCUUCUACAGAGACGCGUCCGACAAUAAUGUUGUCCUGGAUCAGACUCAAGUGAAAGCUGAUGGCUUCCAAAAGCUCCUGGAAUUUAUUUAUACGGGAAACUUAAACCUUGACAGCUGGAAUGUUAAAGAGAUUCACCAGGCUGCCGACUAUCUCAAAGUGGAAGAAGUGGUCACUAAAUGCAAGAUCAAGAUGGAGGACUUUGCUUUUAUUGCUAAUCCCUCUUCCACAGAGACAUCCAGUAUCACUGGGAACGUUGAAAUGAAUCAGCAGACUUGCCUUCUGACUCUCAGAGAUUACAAUAAUCGGGAGAAAGCAGAUGCUGCUGCUGCUGCUGCUGCUGCAGAGCUGGUUCAACCCCUGGCAAAGAAAGCAGCUUUGGAAAAGAAAUCGCCUCAACCCAAAAAGCGGAAGAAGAAUUUCAGCCCCCCCAAAAGCACAGAGAAUAAAUCUCUCCCGUAUCAGAACGAUGUGACCGAGAACACAUCCAUCGAGAUGUUUUUAGAUGCAAACAAACUGGCCACCCAGAUAACAGAGCAGGCUGCCCAGGGCAGUGAUAACUCCGAGCUGCAGUUGGCAGCCGUGGGGGAGAGCGAGACGCUGGCAGUGCAGGAUCUGCUGGCCCAGACCAUGGCAGCCAAACAGAAACGGGGGAAGCCUCAGCAGAGCUGUGCCCUGAAGGAGCACUGUAUGUCCAACAUAGCCAGUGACAAGGGCUCUUACCAGCUGGAGAGCUCGGGAGAGGAGCUGGACCAGAAGUACUCCAAAGCCAAGCCAGUGUGCAACACGUGUGGGAAAGUGUUCUCUGAGGCGAGCAGCCUCCGUCGGCACAUGAGGAUACACAAGGGGGUGAAGCCCUACGUGUGUCACCUGUGUGGGAAGGCAUUCACCCAGUGCAAUCAGCUGAAAACACAUGUAAGAACUCACACAGGGGAGAAGCCAUACAAGUGUGAACUGUGUGACAAGGGCUUUGCUCAGAAGUGCCAGCUGGUGUUCCACAGCCGGAUGCAUCACGGAGAGGAGAAACCCUACAAAUGUGACGUCUGCAACCUGCAGUUCGCAACCUCAAGCAACCUGAAGAUUCACGCCAGGAAGCACAGCGGGGAGAAGCCGUACGUGUGUGACCGGUGCGGGCAGCGCUUUGCCCAGGCCAGCACCCUCACCUACCACGUCCGGCGCCACACCGGGGAGAAGCCCUACGUGUGUGACAGCUGUGGGAAAGCCUUUGCUGUCUCCAGCUCACUCAUCACCCAUUCCCGGAAACACACAGGAGAGAAGCCAUAUAUCUGUGGCAUUUGUGAAAAGAGUUUUAUUUCCUCUGGAGAGCUCAAUAAACAUUUUCGGUCCCAUACAGGUGAAAGACCAUUUAUCUGUGAAAUGUGUGGAAAUUCUUACACGGAUAUAAAAAAUCUAAAGAAGCACAAAACGAAAGUUCACGCAGGACCUGAAACUCCCCCCGAUUCCAAUGCACUCGAUAAUUCUUUCAAUGAACAAGAAUCCAUUCAGAGUCAGAAAAGUCCUUUGUCGGAGUCCAUAGAUGUGAAGCCCUCUGAGAUGUCUUUAGCACUUCCUCUUCCCAUUGGGACUGAAGACCACCAGAUGCUGCUUCCCGUGACGGGGAGCCAGUCCCCUUCAUCAGAAACAUUGCUGAGAUCUGCUGUGACUGGAUACUCAGAACCUCAGUUCAUUUUCUUGCAGCAGUUGUACUGACAGAGCAGUAGUUUGGUAGUGAACCUGCAAACGUUUGGUAAGAUGCACAUGAUCAAACAAGCAGUCACGCUCUUUGAAUUGGACUUGUUCUUUGUUUUCCCUUUGUGUAAAGACACCUGUAAGGCAUUUCCAUCAUGCAGUGCUGGAUUGUGCUAAUCUACAAUCAGAUUUCUAUUUGCAAUUAACACUGAUUUCCAGGAGACGAUUCCUUUCCAGCAACACCUGCCUUAAGAAUUCUCUGUUACGUAUGUUAAUGUGUCUUGGAGAUCUCCUCCCAUGUUUCUGCUGAUUUGAUGUGUCACAAUGUCACUUGAGAACAGAUAUUUUAAGCCAUAUUUAAUAGUUUAAGAAUAUUAACCCAGAGAUGCAAGGGAAAGUCAUAAUUUGGCUAUAUUCAUAAGCCUGCACUCCAAGGUGCUGGAAUGGUCCAUGGGGAAGGUCGGUCAGGGCUCUGCUGAGGUGCUUGCAAAGAUUUGCUGCUGGCUGCCAGAAGUGCCAUCUGCAGGUGAAGCCUGACCAGAGGGAAAAAAAGGUUUGGGUGUAUUUUCCUGACAAGACGAGUAAAGGAAGGUUAAUUUCUUUCUGUAGUGUGGCAAGUCAGAGGGUCCUAAUGGCAUAGUAACUACUGGGUUUUCUUUCCAACAAGUUGCCUUUGUUUGUUUAAGUCAAUCCAGCAUUGUCAUAUCUUGUCCCAGAUUUAUUGUUCACAUCCCUAAACUGCCCUGGGUUUGGCACAAACAGCAACAAAAGGAGAGCUGGAACAUGCAUGUUGUAGAUGAGACAAAAAGAUGCAGUGACUUAAUUUGUGAGGCGUCAACGAGAGCUUCAUAAUCCUUUUUUUACUGUAGUGCUGCUUCUUGUGCUAGACAGGAGGUCCAGAAGAGGAAAUAAAUCCUGCCCUUCACUGUGAAAAUAGUAAGUGAACACUACAUGAGGGGGUAUUAAAGACUAAUACAGCAGAGCAGAUGGAUAUUCUUCCAGGGAAGAUUUUGUUAGUGUGACUAAUUUAAUUGAAGUUUUUGUGUAUUGCUUUAACUAUCAUGUCACUUGUCCACAGUAAAUGCACAAAACUGGUACCUAGCAAGGCCCAUAUAAAGAUAUGUUUUAUUCCUGGCAACAGAUAUAUUUAAAAAGCAACGUUUUUAGUGUCUUGGUAGGGUCAUAAAAG